GAAAAGAAGCGAGGGAAGGCGUCAAAGCAAACUAAAAACAGACGCUCUGUGGUGUUUGUUCCCACUGCCUAACGGUGCGGUCUUUGGUGCUUUCUCCCACUCAAUUCGGCCCUGGAAGGGCUGGUUUGUAGGCUGGUUCUGGUACCCAGCCGAUGCUCACUACAACUGCGUGCUGUGCUCUGUUGUGUGCUCUGUUGUGUGCUCUGUUCCCGUUUGCAGUUGGUUGUGUCUUUGAACUAUUUACAGCCCGCGCUACAACUGUAGAUUUAGCCAAGCGGCCGAAUGUUGACGCUGAUGAUGACAGUCACCCAAUUGGAGCCCUCCCACACGCGGAAAACGUGCUCUGUGCCCUUGAGAGAGAGGGCCUUCCUCUACAGCUAACCACUCAGCCCAGCCAGUGUAAUGUGAGUGCUUAACCAGUGCGGACGCCGGUUUCUGCGUGCUGAAUGCCUCUCUUUAACGGAACCGCCCAAAAGCACAGAAUACAGAACUUGUGAGCUGCUUCAAACGUUAAGUGUGGGUCCUUUGCCUAGCGCCCACUGCUCCAUAAGCAUACACGCAGAGAGACUACACAGAACAACGGGAAACCAGCUCAACCAACAUAGUUAAAGCCGUA